AUGUCCGACAACAGGCAAGAAUCAGAACAGGAUCUCCAGGACAGCCUCGGCUCCGCCCUCGAGACCUCCUUCUCCAUCCCCCCUCCUCCUCCCAAGCCUGCUGCCCCCGCCGCCUCUGAGGUCAAGGAAGAGCCUGCCGCCGCUGCGCCUUCCGAGCCCAUUCCUGGUAUGGCCGAGUGGCCCGAGACAUAUCAGGGCUACCUCGACGAAUGGCACGCCGAGUCUGCUAUCGCCCGAGCCAAGGCUCAGGAGACGCACGACAGGAUCGAAGCUGAGCGAUUAGCCGAGCAAAAGGCCGAGGAGGACAAGAAGAAGGCCGCCAAGAAGGCGGCGCAGGAUGAGGAGAAGAAGAAGAAGGACGCUGAAAAGUUGAAGGCCGAGUUGGAAGAGGAGGAGAAGAAGGAGACUGAGAAGGAUGUGAGGGGCCAUGGAAAGGUCAAGGAGGCCUGGGAGCUGGUGGGCAAGAAGGACGAUGGGAGGGAUUACGGACCCUUUGCCGAGCCGCUCGACAGGCAAGAUGCCCUUGCUGCGCAGGCCAUCUCUGAGGCCCAAGAGAGACACGAGAUCAAGCCUGCUGCUUACGACCCCACAACGUCUACCGACCCCAUCCCUCCCGCCAUGCAAGACCCUAAACCCGUCACCCCCGCCCCCGUGCCCACAGAGUCUGCCACUCUCUCCCGACACUCUGCUACUUCCCAAGCCUGGGAAGAGGUCUCCCGCCAGUCCGACUCUGGCAGCGGAGAGCAAGUCUCUGCUCCUCAAUCCUCUGGCUCUGACGACAUCAUCCAAAUCCCCUCCCCCGAAAAAGCGGCCGAGGCCGGCGUACCCCUUCCUCCCACCCAACCCCCCUCCCUCACCCUUUCCGUCUUCACCAACUCUGCUUCCCUGUCAGUAUCCAAGAUCUUUGCCGUCAUCGGUAUCAAUCUUGUCCUGCCGUUUAUCAACGGCGUCAUGCUCGGGUUUGGUGAGAUCUUUGCGCGGGAGGUGUUGAAGGUCGGCAAGGAGGUUUGGAGAGGCGAGAGGGGUAUCUUUGGUGGUCGACGGGGGACUGGUGGACGAGGAACCAGUGGUGUCGGAUUGAGCGGUGGUUUCUAG